CGGACCAACGCGCCACGCUCACGCAACGCGCCAGGAAGCCUGUUUGACCAGUGAGAGCAUGCGCUGUGCGUGUUCCCAUAGAAACCGCGAUCACGCGUCCCGCGAAAUAGAUGGUAAAGGUCCUCAUUCAUCACCGGCCAACCUGGCUAGUGAGUUUUUUUUAAUACACGCCAAAAUGUAUUUUCACCCGCAUUUGGCGGGUGUUAAUUUAGAGCCCUAAUCUAAAUGUAUCUUAAAAUUAAAAUUAUAUAUAUAUAUAUAUAUACCACAGGCUAAAUAUGGAAAUAUGACACAUUACCUAAAUUAUCUCUAAGACAAUAUUUGUUGAUAUCAAAAGUAAAUUAUUCAGUUGAAUCUUAACCCUGUACUGCAUGGCGUUGCCCUCAGGCAACAAACAACAUUUUUAAAUCCUACACUGGCUCUUUAAAAGAUUUUUUUCUUUUUUUUUCUAAUGAUACUACCAGAGACAUCUCUGUCCAAUAAAAUGAUGAUUUAAAGUGGGUGUGGCAUUUGGUUUGGGGGGUGGACCAGUCUUUUCAGGAAGUCAAGCCGCAUGGGACACAUGCCACCGAUUGGACAUGGAUGUUAGUACUUUUUAUGGAAGGAAGCAGGAGGAUUGUCAGGUUAGGGCCAUUCCCACAGACAGCGAGGACAGUGAACUUGAUGACAGUGAAAGUGAGGAAAUGGACCAGGAGGAAUGGAUCCCUUCAGGGAGCAUUGAGCGCUGCUGAAAAGCAGCGGCGGUAUCGAGCCAGGCGUGAUGCUGAUCCAGAGAGAAGGGAAAAAUAUUUACUCAAGGAAAAGGAGAAUUACAAGAAAGAUCUGCAGUCAGGCAAGAGAAAGAACAUUAGUCAAGUCAGUGCCAGAGAGCAUCGACAACAGCGCAGAAAGUGGAGGGAGACAUUCUACAGGCUGAAGGAGAGAAAAAGGGCACUACAGGAGGUCCUUGCCACUCCUCCACACAGCCCAGAACCAGCUCUAGAUGUGCAGCCCAGCUUCUCAAGGCAACGUGAUCAAGGACAGAAAACAAAAUAUAAGUUGAUGAAACAAAAUGAUGAGUUACACAGUCGUCUGAAAAAUGUAACACGAAGAAAGAACAAAUACAAGAAACAAGUUCAAAGGUUGAAAAGGAAAAAUGAGUCUCCACGUACAAAAGUUAACCGACAAAUAAGACAGCUUCCACAUGCGGCCAUUAGAAAGACUCUCUUCUUUCAUCAUGUUUUGAUUGAGAACAUUAGGAACAAGUAUAGAAAUGCACAGGGGGAGAGAGAAAGGCAGAUCAUUUCCAAAGUCAUAACAGGGCAGGUUAUGAAGAAGUACAGGCUGCAACGGAUUGCACAGGCUUCAGUGGGUUUUUCAAAUAGAAGAUGGCAGAAUGUAACUGAUGGCUACACCUACCAACGGAUGCGAAAGAGAGGGAUAGGGAAUUAUCUGGUGGACGGCGUGAGGGCUUUCUAUGAGAGAGAUGAUGUGAGCCGAAUCACAACAGGGAAAAAGCAGACAAUCACUGUUAAAAAAACUAAAAAGCAAAAGCGAUUCCUUUUCCCACGUCCCACUUCACACCGGUGAACAUCAAGGGAUCGGACAUAGAGGUGGUGCAGAGCUACAGAUUCCUGGGUGUUCACCUCAACAACAAACUGGACUGGACUGACAACACCCAUGCUCUCUAUAAGAAGGGCCAGAGUCGCCUCCACCUGCUGAGGAGGCUGAGGUCCUUUGGAGUGUGCAGGGCUCUCCUCAAAACUUUUUAUGACUCUGUGGUGGCCUCAGCCAUCUUUUAUGCUGUGGUCUGCUGGAGAGGGGGCAGCACGGACAGGGACAGGAGCAGACUCAAUAGACUUAUUAGAAGAGCGAGCUCCGUCCUGGACUGUCCUCUGGACUCCAUAGAGGAAGUGGGUGAGAUGAGGAUGUUAGCUAAGCUGACAUCCAUCAUGGACAACCCCUCUCACCCCCUACAUGACACUGUGGGGGCUCUGAGC